AUGUAUCAACUCAAAGGUCCUUCGGUCAAAGCUCAAUCGUGUUCCUUUGGACAAGACAAGAGUCUUCCUAUCAAUAUACACGUAAACGGCUCCCACACAUCCAACUCGUGGGUAGCGGUGCCGGCGAAUUUCCAAGACAGUUCACAAGGAAUCCAGACCGAAUCUACACCAACCCUCAGCAUUGCUGCUCCUUGCCUGGCCAUGGCUCCAUCAGCACGAUCUGAUACUACUGGCCAGAAUAUGGACACAUCACCCUAUUCUGUACAGCCGCAUCAGAGUCAUACGAACUACCGAGAAUACACAAGGGCCGCUAAGACCCCCAUCGUUACUACCAAGAAAGUAGUAGGAUACACGAAUACCACCCAGCUCUUCUGCUCACUACCGGAUGACUUCGGUUACAGUUUACGAAACUUCAUGGUGGUGGAUCCAGUACUAGACGCGAAUGCAUUGUAUGCGAGAAUUGCAGUUCGUGGGGGACAUGCCGUGGUUGGCCACGUCUGCGCCCUACCCCAACAAAGCCUUAAACCAAGAAAUGAUUCUGAGAGGACAGAUCAAGAAAUUCAUAAGAAGAUUAGAUACUCGGCAUGA